AUGUGCAAGGCAGCAGUCAAAGAUGUUAGGAGCAUGAGUGGUUGUGCACUCCUACUAACUUCUUGGGCACUCACACGUAUACCAUUGUUCGCUCCUGUCACUACAGUGGAACCCUCGUAUUCAUAUGCACAAAGAUGGGCGCAAAGAGGAAUGAACUGCACUGCAAAUCCUCGUUUUUAUCUCCAAGGAUAUCGAAACGCAUUGGACCAUAUGCGAGAACACGAUUUUAUAUGGAGACUGUACAUUCAAUAUCCGGUGCCAAGUCUUAAAGAUAGCCAAAUCUGGAGUGCAACAACUUUCCUUAUUUGUUUCUAUACCGUUGAGAUGCAUCAAACGGAUAGGGUAACACUCCAGUUUGGACUAGACCAACAAAUCCCUCCCCCGCCAAGGUGUCUAAGGGAACACCACGCAAUGACUAUGAGAAAGGCACAAAAAGUUAAUUUGCGAGAGUUAAACAAGGAGGAGGUGAGAGACUGA